AUAUAUCUUGUUUUCUAAAUUACAUAGACCUCUUAUUUGAAAUGGUAAAGUUCAGCUUCUCCCCUGUGGUUUGGCAUCUUAUUCUUGUUGAACCUUGUGAUGUUAACCUUUUUUCACUCUUCAUUUCACUUCACUCUAUUCUCACAUAUCUAGUGUAUAUUUUUCUUGCCCCCUCAUGAUUUAGCAUGUUUUCAUUGCUCUGCCUUGCAGUGUGAACUUUAUUACUCUUCAUUUCAAUUAGCUUCAAUUUCAUAUAACAAUUGUCUCUUUUUCUUUCCCCCAUCCAUGUUUCUUAUGGAAUCAAUAGAUGAACAUCUCUUGCUGCCUAAAUAUACAGAAAAAAGGGCAAAAUAAUGCAUAGUUAAAUAUGGGGGAAGUGUUUACCUCAAAAUAUUAUGUUCCCUUUUCAAGGUCAAGGGUGUUAUUCCACUGAUCCCACAUUCUUAACCAAGCAAGGUCCCCGGAACAUAGCCAUCGAUGCCGGGAGUUUCUGGUUUGCCAGCAGUAGUUUAGUUUUACCUCACGCUCUUUAUAAAGAAUAGGGAAGAUGAAGCCAUUGCCGUGCUCGCUAGUAUCUAAGACUUUGUUGUUUAGAGCAUGAAGUUGCCUCAGUUACAACUCAGUUAGAGCAAGACCCCCAAAAAAGGAUGAUAUCAGAUAUUGGGAUGUUUUUCAAUCCAAAGAAAUCAGACUUGCAUUCUUGCUGGACAGGGCAAAGAACCUGCGAGGGUGCCAGAGUUUUCACCAUAGUAAACUACUGCAAGGAGACAUUGUGGCCAGCGGUGAUGCCAGGGGACAACUUCAACGGCGGAGGUUUCGUCCUAAAACCGGGGCAAUCCGCCGUGUACACCGCUCCGGUCAGCUGGAGCGGUCGUAUAUGGGCACGAACCGGUUGCAACUUUGACAAAGAUGGAAACGGUUCGUGCCAGACCGGUUCAUGCGGCUCAACUCUAAAAUGCUCCGGCGCCUCCGGAAAAACCCCAGCAUCGCUAGCAGAGUUCACGCUAGCUCAGCCGGAUUUCUACGAUGUUAGCCUCGUUGAUGGCUUCAAUGUGCCGAUUUCCAUUAAGCCGAUGAACGGGAAGGGGAACUGCAGCACCGCGGGGUGUGAUUCUGACCUCAGGUUGACCUGUCCAAAAGAGCUUUCUGUUAAGGCUAACGGCAAGACGGUUGGGUGCCGAAGCGCGUGUGAUGUGUUUGAUCAGGAUGAAUAUUGUUGCAGAGGGAAUUAUGGGAACCCAUCUACUUGUCAACCCACGUUUUAUUCCAAGAAGUUUAAGGAGGCUUGCCCAACUUCAUAUAGUUAUGCUUAUGAUGAUCCAACUAGUAUUUUCACUUGCUCUGGGACUGACUAUGUCAUAGCCUUCUGUGCUUCCAGGAAAAAACAAGUAUGCAGUUACCAUGAUAACAAGCUUCACUGCAGUGGGUCACAAGGCUUGAAGUCAUUGAUUGGAAGCUGGUGGAUCAUGAUGAUAACAAUGUUUUCGGCGCUUAUUAGUUUGUGGAGUGGAAUCUUGGUACCCUGCUAAAUUAAAGUCGAUCAUAGAUGAGACUCAUGAGUCAUGAGAGAGUGAAAUUCAUUUUUAAUUUAGUGAAUUUGUAUAAAGUUCAUUGAACCAGUUUUUUCAUUUCUUUUUUCUGUAAGGAUAUGUGCCAGCGGGGUCGGGGUCUAUAAAUAGUGGGUAAUUCUGUUUUCACGCAUACAGAAGCUGUUAUUUUAAUAAAAGCAAAUGAUUUGUAUUC